AUGCAGUACACUCUUUCCGCUCUUUUGGCUGUUCAAGCCUUGGCUGGUACGGCACUGUCAGCCGUUCUUCCCCCGAGGGAAGUGAUUCCUCCCAGCCCGGCUAUGCUCCGCCCCGUCAGGCGCCAGGCCUCAGUCCCUGCGACACCUCUUGGCCCGGCCAAGUUCAUUCCCAAGGUCAACGUCACUCUUGACUACGAGGGACUCAACGACACCAACGCUCUCGUCCUCGCAGAGAUGAAGCAGCCCUCGGUUCUGCUCGAGCAUAUCGAGACUAUCUCUGACAUUACCUGCUCUGACAGCGGUGUCGUGCUCAAGUUCAGCGCGGCCGAAGACUACACCACUUGCUUGAAGUCGUGGCCCGCGAAGAAUUUCACCAUGAUCACCAACCACAACGGCACUUGCGAUGCUCCCCACGAGCGUGGUAUCUACGUUGUGAACGGAUACACCUUCGACAACGACACACUCACUCUGACUGCUUCCUCCACCAAGGUUGCCAUUCGCGACCAGCUCAACGACGCUGUCAUUGACUUCAAGCACACUGGCACUGCUGUUGCCAAGCGCGACCUCUCCGGCUCCAUUAAUGCCGAUCUUUCUGGCUCCACGCUCAUUUCCACGGACUCUCUGACCAUCGUUGCCAACGAGGCCAAGCUCGAAAGCACUGUCACUCUUGCUGGUCACGUCCACUACAACUUCUGGAAGUUCAAGGUCGACGAGUUUUACAUCGACGUUGACUACUCUUCCGCCCUGAACCUGAACAUCUCCGCCGCCGCGAACAUCAACUACUCCACCGAUCUGUACAACUACAACCCCCUCUCCGUCUCUGUUUCCGCCUUCUCCAUCCCCGGUAUCAUCGAUGUCGGUCCCAUGGUCGACUUCGGUCUCGGCAUCGAGUUCGCCGCUUCCGGCUCCGUCAAGGCCUCCGUUGAUGUCGUCAGCACGAUCCCCGAGGCCACCGUCCAUCUGGACUUCCUCGACCAGGCCAAGACCACCGCCACUGGAUGGAAGCCUCAGACCAACGUCACCACCGACCUCAGCGCCCAGGUCGAGCUCCAGCUGAACCCUUACGCCGAUCUCAAGGUUGCUCUGGGCGUCAAGCUCUUCAGCGGUCUGCUCGACAUGUCUGCCGGAAUUGAGGCCAAGCCCGAGAUUGUCAACGCCUUCGCGGCAAGCGUUGACUUCACCUACACGAGCGCCAGUGGUGUCACCUUUACCAAGCCUACCGACACUUGCGUCAACGGUGCUUGGUUCGCCAGCACUUUCCACUUCAACCUCGACGCCUUUGUCACUCAGUUCUACACCAAGUCCUUGUACGAGGUCGAGGUGCCCAUCUACGAGUCACAGUGCUGGACUUUUGCCAAGUAA